UAUUGUAAAAAAAACACUUGUGUGUUUACAAAUAAUGAUGCAUGUAAAAAUAUGUAUUUUCUACUUAAAUAUGUCACAAACAUCUGCGUUUCUCUAUCAGAUAAUUUAGUUCUAUCACAGAAAGUCUAUCACACAAGCAUUUUACAUAUGGUGCGAAAAACUGAAACCUAAGGCUGUUCUUUUUUUGUUAGUAUCUACACAGCUGUAAGGGGAAGCAAAUGAAACUGGUGACUGACGAACGAUAGUUGGUUUAUAAUCUGCAGACUUCUUCAUAGGAAUCGCCACACGUUCUACAAUACGUGUUUCACCAAUAAUUGCAUUGUAUGUACCGUGCACCAAAUGACUUUCUUUCACAGAAGAGUCGUUGAUGUUUCUAUACCACUUUACAACACACACAUUAAUGGGUAAUAACAAUUAACAACGAAUCCCACGCUACAUCACAUCGAUUUUUUUCUGUGUUUCUGAUAAUUUACUGGCUAGGAAGUCUCGUUUUCUUCGUAGCCACCAUAAACGAAAUUCUUUCAUUUUGUAUCCAAGUAUGAAGCCCGUUAAGAAUGUCACUGUUAAUACCGUCUUCAAUCUACUUUCCGAUAUCUCAACCAUUUUUGUUGCAAUGCAAUUGCAACUCAAGUAAAAGUUCUUCCGUCAAGGUAAAAAAGCGACAUCAACUAGACUAGUAGACCACGAUGAUUUCAUAUCAGAACAUUUAAGUAUGUGAUAUCAGGUUUUUAUUUGUCGUACAAAUAUUAUUCUGGAUUAAUUCGUGACGGAAAAAAGUGAAUAAUUAUUAUUUCCGCUACAAAAAUUAAAUGACAAAUGUCAUCCUUGACACGAUGCUGUACCACGUCGCUAUUCUUUUGUUCGUUAUUACGUGAAUUGUUGGUUUGCAAUAGGUUAGUGCACCGGGAAAGCGAAAGUGUGUUGUAUAGAUUUUUGUGGGCGUUAGUGUUGAAGAUGGUGUAAAAGUUUCACUCACUAGAAGUCUAUGAAGGUGGCAUUCCUCAUUAGACACCCAAGUUCCUGACAGACUAGCAACAAAUAAUACACUGAAGAUGAGUAGUUCUGAAGAGGUGUCCUGGAUCUCAUGGUUUUGUGGCUUGAGGGGCAAUGAGUUCUUCUGUGAGGUGGACGAGGAUUACAUUCAGGACAAAUUCAAUCUGACUGGCUUGAAUGAGCAGGUGCCCCAUUAUCGACAGGCUCUAGACAUGAUACUCGACCUCGAGCCAGAUGAUGAGCUGGACGACAAUCCGAACCAGUCGGAUCUGAUUGAGCAGGCGGCGGAGAUGCUGUACGGCCUCAUACAUGCUCGGUACAUAUUGACCAAUCGGGGGAUUGGCCAGAUGAUCGAGAAAUACCAGUCAGGAGAUUUUGGCCACUGCCCGCGGGUGUACUGUGAGAGUCAACCUAUGUUGCCUAUCGGAUUGUCAGACAUACCUGGGGAGGCUAUGGUCAAGACAUACUGCCCCAAGUGCAUGGAUGUUUACACACCGAAGUCAUCACGUCACCACCACACAGACGGAGCUUAUUUUGGCACUGGUUUUCCUCAUAUGCUUUUCAUGGUGCAUCCAGAAUACCGACCGAAGCGUCCCGUUAAUCAGUUUGUUCCCCGUCUGUAUGGCUUCAAGAUUCAUCCACUUGCGUAUCAGAUCCAGCAACAGGCAGCCAGCAAUUUCAAAACCCCACUUCGUGCUAUGAAUUACAACAAUGGCAAACGCUAAUAUUGUUUGACAUUUUGGAUGUUGUUUAGUUUUAAGAUCAACAUUUAAUAGAUGUUUCUCCUAUGUAUUUAUAGUUUAGUGUCACAUAGGCUACGUAAUUGUAGUACAUGCAUGAUGCAUUGUAUGACUGUUCCUUUGAGGGAGCUUGGCAGUUGUCUUUGUUGCUGGAAUUUCUGUGUAGGUUGUUUAUUAUAUUUAGUUGUGGAUGUUUACUUCUUCAGUAACAAGUUCUUUAUUACAUGUAUUCCUCUAUGAACUGAGUAUUUGACAUUUAAGUGGGAAAUUAGCAUUUUCUUCUCCAUGCACCCUGUUACUUAAAACUUUCUAUAUUCUUUCUGUGAACUCCCCUACAGUUUGCUGUCAAGAGAAAAAAUGUUUGCGUGUUUCACACAAAAAGAACAUUAGCCAUAUCAUAUGUCACGGUGCUAGAUAUUUAUUCUGAUCAUAGUUUGUUGUAAUCGGAGAAAAUUGCUGUUAUGAUGGUAGAAUUGUUUAAUGUAGGUACAAAAAAGAUGUUUUUACUAGUUUAACAUUUUUCAGAAUUUCUGAUAGUCACUUGUUACGUGCCAUUGUUUGAAGGAUCGUGAUAUACAAACUGUGGAUGUAAUGUGGAGUACCUCACAGUUUAAAUAAGAGGGGGGUUGCACAACAAAUUACCAUGAAAGGAGGGGGGGUAGAUAUAUCAAGUUUAGAGUGUAAUUUUAAUGAUUUUUUAACUUCAUGUAUCGUCUAUAACAUAUUGAUAAAAUGACAGUAGUGUGAUUGUUCUAAUCAACAAUUACUGCUGUGUCAGUGUACAUGUAGAAGUAAUUAAUGCAUACUUAUUCCGGCCUGUUGAAAUUAUUGUCUUUUAGAAAUGGAAGCCUAGAAAAUAUUGAUCAUUGCAGUCUUUUCAGUGAAGCAGCUAAUUUAAGAAAGAUUGCGCGAAAUACCGGGAUGGACCGAUGUUUACUGAUGGUAAAAUACAGCUUGUAAUCUGUGGUUUCUGAUUAAAUCAGACUGCCUUAACGUAAAAGGCCUAAUAAGCUGACGUACCAUGUUUCCCCUUUUAUAACAACUACCCCUUCGAUUUGGACCAAGAUCUCGUGAGCUCUGCCUGCAUUGCACAGUUACUUAGAUGAGAUGUGUAUAAUAUUCACUACAUAGUGAACGGUAUGUGGAAUGAAACAAAUAAUGUAGAUCAAAUGGACUGUUAAUGAUAACAGAUCAUUUACAGUUACAAAACAGUGUGACUUUUCACCAAACAGUCAAUAAUUUUGAUCUGAUUAGUUCAGAUUCAGUUGACAUGAAAGUGUCAACAGUUGGUUCAAAUUGAGUUGACAUGGAAGUGGUGGAGAUUCGAAAGCUAUUGUGUUUAAUUUUUUCACGUGUAAUUAUUCUGAAAACAUGAUGCAUUCACAGUCAUUAUGACAACUGGGAACUUAUUCAGGUAUCAUACGCAUACAGUAACUUUUUUGAAUUUUUGGUAAGAUUUAUUUAGUAUACCAAUAACUAGUUUUCAAGUGACUGCAGGCUCAUCAUCAGACAGUGGACCAUGUGCAGCUAGAUGCUAUGGUCGUGGCAAUUGCAAUGCCUUGUGGAAUCACUGGCAAAUUUAUUCUGAUGAUGUACAUUUUGCAUGUCACACACACACACACACACACACACACACACACACACACACACACACACACCUUUUGUGAUUAGCAAAUUGUUAUUAGAAAGUAAGUUAUUGUCUUGAAUCUGACUAUCCAAACACCAAAGUCGGUCAGUGUUGUGCAAAACUAACUUGUUACUCUCGCGUAAAUUAAUAGUAGUAUCAUCAUAACAUUACGAUAUUCUUUGUAAUGACAAAAACAUGUUUUUUGGUUUUGCAGUUUUAUUUAUAACUCACUGUUAAAAAUGUUGUGUGUCAUUAUGAUUAUCUAUUUACAAUUUAAUGGUCUGGAGAAGUAAACUGAACUGAGAUGAUUAUACAAAGACACAAUGUUUUAAUGUCACAGUGUUUAUAUAAGCCAAAGGGGAAUAAGUAGAAAAACUGCAGAGCUAAUAAAAAAGGUUUUUCUUGUCUAUAUAAUGAUAAAAUGUACUUGUUAAUAAAAAUUCCAUUUUGUAUUGUA